CCUAUCACUUGACGUAAUAUUUAUGCGACGUGAGGAUUUUCUGCUGAAUGCCAGAAGGACAAAUCGAAACUUUAGCCUGGGUUGAAAGAACGAAACACCAUGUCGGAUUGUCAACAACUGGAUCAACUUUACUGAACCGUUAUUCAACUAAGAGGGUGGACUUGGCAGCAACAGUAAGAAGAUGCAGCAUCUCUUUAACCAGAGAGCAUUGUGGCAAUCAGCUGCCCUGCGCUCCAUGCUUCUGGGCCCAGUUACCGUGCAGCCGUCCACUAUCUUGGGUCCACGGAUGGCCUCCUACUUCCUCAGGAACUCUUGUCUCAUCCCCAGCCCACGCUGGGUGAGCACAUCAGGAGCAGUGUGGACCACAGCACCCCGUAAGUCCACCACGGAAGAAGGCCAUAGCCAGGCUGACCCAGGCCAGGAGGAUAUCCUGGGGGACCAGUCCAUUGGGCUGGUCCAGAGGUUUAGGAGGACUCUAAAGCAGUAUGGGAAGGUCAUGAUUCCCCUUCACCUCAUCACCUCCUCCAUGUGGUUCGGGGCGUUUUACUAUGCUGCCAUGCAGGGUAUAAAUGUGGUUCCGUUUCUGGAGUAUGUUGGAUUCCCAGAGAAGCUUGUUAAGCUGUUGGAGCAUUCCCAGAGUGGCUAUGCACUGACUGCGUAUGCCAUGUACAAGAUUGCCACCCCAGCCAGGUACACCGUGACAUUAGGGGGGACAUCCCUCUCGAUCAGGUACCUCCGUAAACAUGGCCACAUGACCACCCCACCGCCUGUUAAGGAGUAUCUGCAGGACAAGAUGGAGGAGACCAGGGGACGCCUCUCUGAGAAGAUGGAGGAGACCAAGGACAGGUUCUCUGAGAAGAUGGAAGAGACCAGAGAUCGUCUGUCGGGGAGGAUUGGGGAUAACAAGGACAAGUUGGCAGAGAAACUCCAAGAGACCAAAGACAAAGUGUCUUUCAGAAAGAAGCCGGAGUAGAUACCAUGUUAAUUCCUGGAUAUAAUGAAGUAUAUGUUCAUAUGGCCACUAUAGCCCUUCAAAAGGAUGGGUGGACACAUCGCCCUAAACUGACUUCAUCAGACACCACAUACACAUAACAUCUAAGCAUUUCUCUUCUCACCUCCACGUCUGCUUGACUGCAAAUAGCAAAGGUUACAAUGGAUCUGGUAAGUAAGGAGAAAAAUAGUUAUAUGAAGUUUAAAAGUAGGAAAAAUUACAUAUGUUGAAAAAUGGGUGCUAUAUUUUCUGGGAAAUAUUUGGAUGAAGGAGUGAUUCCAGAAGAACAUGGUAUGUGUGGUAGAAGAGUGGGCUUUGAAUUGUUUCACUGCAGAAGUAGACUAUUUAACACUUAAUGUCCCCAGUCAGUCACAACCACAACAUUCACACUGUUACAAGAAGGUUAUAGUUGUUUUUACAACGUUAUAUUGAGAGAUGUAUCUGAAAUAUUAAAAAGUACUUGUCGUCCAUUGGCUUUCCAAUUAAAACUGAACUGUUCACAGUAA